AUGGCGCAGAGACCAAAUUUCAUUGAUCUGCGCAUGGACUCCUCCAAUUCAGUCAAUUCUACAGUGUCCCGGCCACUGCGGUCGCCUCGACUGCAUGUUGCUGGCGAGGUCCCGCCGACUCUAUCGCCCCUCGAUGCAUUUGUCCAGCAGAGUCGCAACCUGCAAAGACAGCUUGAGGAGAGCACGAAGGAGGGAAAUCGCGUGAGCCGCCUACCUCCGCUGACCACCGACAGCCCUCUUGUUGUGCAAGCUCGUUCGGAGUACUUCCGCUCAUUUUCUUAUGACUCUUCCGAAGAUCGCGAUGAGACCAUCGCUCCUCCGAACCACGGUGGGCUCAGUUUUCAAACAGAGGUCGAAUCGCCCUCUGAGAGGCCAAGGUCGAUGCAUCCGCGCAUGAGCCGCAUUCCACCGACGCCCGACGACUCGAUCCCGUUGCCGACGAAUCCGUGGCUCGAACAAGCGCGAGGUCGCACUCUUGCAAGAGUCGACGAGACUGACGGCGUCUUUGGGGCUCGGAGAGAACAGUCUCCCAGUGAUCUUGACAGUCUCGUAGAUAAGCAGGCCGCACUCGAUAUUGCGGGUGACCGAAGCACUCGGGACAUAUCACCCAUCUUUGGACGUUCCCCGCAGUCUCCCGAUAAAUUGACCAAGACAACUUCACAUGAUUCCGCCGGGCUCGUGCCACCCCGCGCCCUCUUCCCGAAGCGAUCUUCGAGUAUCAUGUCUGCACCACCGGAAUCAGUCAGCGAGGAAGCAUUGAGCAACUCCUUCCACUCGCAGCCAGGCCGGAAAAUGUCAAACAGCAGCGCAUUCUCUGCACAGCCGACUACCUCAUCACUCGCACAUUUUCAGCGAUCCUCUUCUAUAAGCUCGGACAUCUCUGCUGCACUGCCUCGCCCGUCUUUUAAUUUCUCAAGGCCGUUAAGCCGAGCCGGGACACCAGGCUUGGAAGGUCCGCCGCGCCUCGACGUACCAUCUCGACAGGCUUCUUCGGAUAGCCAACCAUCUUUUGUGCUGGCGGAUGAGACAGCUCACACACCCGUGAGCAUGCACAGCGAAGCAUUCCUGGCAGAGGAGGAUGGGAGGUUCGGCAGCCCUCAUGGAACCGCUCGUUAUAACUUGCCCCGAGGCAAGUCCAUACAGCGUAAUUCAGCCAUCUUCCAAGAUGUCGACGUCACUUCGACCGGCUGGGACCAAGCUCUGGACUCGCCAGCGCGGACACAGCCUUUUGCCAAGAAUGGUCAGGCCCCACCAUCGCCGCCGACGAGACCAUCUACCAGCUCAUCACGUUAUGAGGACAGUUCAAUGACGAGCAGCUCUCUGCUAGCACGACCCUCUGGUGAACGUAGCAAACUUUCAAAUGAGAUGUCCGCCGACGACGGCCAGCGAUCAGCUGAUCCAAGUCGGCCAUCCACAUCGAGUGGUGUACCAGAGGACGGGCCUCGUGGGCGUUCAAUGUCGUCGGGUGCCAAAGACCAAGCCCGAGGCCGCACUCCCGCAUCUGUUGCAACUAAUGAUUCUGCCAGCACCAUAAAGGGCCCUAAGUCCUCGUCAGGACAGCCUCUAGCUGCUGCCGACAUUUCUGCGGAGGAACAUCGCGAGAAGGGCAUCAAGUGCCACGAGGAAGGCUCCGUCAAAGAAUCAACAUAUCACUUGCGACUCGCAGCACGCGGUGGAGACCCCACAGGAAUGCUUCUGUAUGCCCUUGCCUGUCGCCACGGAUGGGGAAUGCGGCCAAAUCAAAGAGAAGGCGUCGAGUGGCUUCGCAAGGCGGCCGACGUUGCAAGCGCCGAAAUAGCCGACGACGAAGGCCAAGCUAAGGACGGCAAGGUUGUGGAUGUUCAAGGUAGCAAAGCGCGCAAAGCCCAAUUUGCACUGAGCAUCUACGAGCUCGGCGUGAGCCACAUGAACGGGUGGGGCAUUGAGCAGGACAAGGCUCUUGCCCUGCGCUGCUUUGAAAUUGCUGGCAACUGGGGUGAUGUGGACGCCCUGACAGAGGCUGGCUUCUGUUAUGCAAAGGGGGUUGGCUGCAAGAAGGACUUGAAGAAGAGCGCUAAGUUUUAUCGCAUGGCCGAGGCUAAAGGCGUCGUCAUGCCUGGAAACAGCUGGAUCCACAAGGACAAGUACUCCGAUGAUGCGAGCAGCAUCAAAUCGAGAGCACGCAGCAAGUCGAAGAGCCGCGGCAUUUGGGGCAAGAAGUCCAAGGACGUCUCUGCCUGA